GCCAACAGUGCGAAAAGUUUCUUCAGUCAAACGUUUGACAAUCGAAAGGAAGUUGAAUUAAAAGUUUUUUGAAACUCCCUUCACAAUGAAAAACCUCUUGCUAUUGUCGAUGUUUGUUGCGUGGGUGGCCGCUACACCAAUUGUUGAGCCGGAUUCUAUAGAGUCGUACGUUAUCGGAGGGGCCAAUGCACCAGCUUCAGGAAUUUCGUACCAAGUGACUUUCCGAACAAUCUUAACUUUGCAUUGGUGUGGUGGUUCAAUCGUCAAUGCGAGAUGGGUUUUAAGUGCUGCUCAUUGUUUGGAUGCACGUGCGCCAAGUUCAAUCACAGUGAUGGUGGGAAGUAAUUUAUUAGAUUCUGGUGGUGCAUUCCAUCAAGCUCAAUCGAUUCGUCUUCAUCCUUCAUACAAUCGAAAUACAUUUGCUAAUGACGUUGCUGUUCUACAAGUGACAACUCCAUUUGUUUGGAAUGCUCGUGUUCAGCCGGUUGUUCUUGGAUCUGCAUUUGUUGGUGGUGGUGUUAAUGCAAGAUUUACAGGUUGGGGACACACAAAUCAACAAGGAGCUCGACCGAAUCAUUUGCAAGUCGUGACAUUAUCAACAAUCACAAAUGCUGAUUGUAUUAAUCGAUUGGCAGUUAGGGGCGAGGAACGUUUCGUUGUGAACACGAAAAUUUGCACGUUCACCAGAGUUGGACAAGGUUCUUGUCCUGGAGAUUCUGGUGGUCCACUUGUCACUGGCACUAAUACUCAAAUAGGAAUUUUAAGCUGGGGAGUUCUUCCAUGUGGGAGCGGCUUUCCUGAUGGCUUCGAUCGUGUUUCAGAUUUCAGAACUUGGAUCAUCAACAACACACCUGUUUAAGUUUUAAGACUGCCUGAGAUUUCAAAAGACUUUUCAUGGAUUAAAAGUUUUUAUUUUUUAAAUCCCAUGAGAUUAAAAUAAAACCAAAUUUUGUUCACGAGAUUUCACAUUUCAUCUUUAUUAAUUCUUUAAAUAUUUUGAUAAAUAAUUAUAUAAUGUUGUUCAAUUUGUGUAGCAUAUUAAUGAAGAUUUUUAAGUGUUGUUAAAAGAAUUUUCUUUUCGUUAUCAUUUCAUUUGAAAAUUAAAAUAAUUAAAUAAGAUUUCAUCUUUCAUUUGAGAUAUUAAAUAGAUAUUUGGAGUUUUAUUGAUUUGCAAAAAUAAUUUCUCAUCAGUUUCAUCGCUGUCUGCUUUCAAAGCUUUUCUCUUGUCAUGAAUAGUAAGAAGAAGGGAACAAUAAAUGGAAAACGUGACUGACUUAAAUACAUUAAACAACAAAGGAAUGAUAAGGUGCUAGAUAUUCAUCGGACACAUCCUUCUUACUCUAAACAAUUUCAUUAAUUAUUGAUUGAUAUCUUUGAAAGAUGUCAUCAGAUUUUUCCUUUUUUCAAUACAACUUUAAAUUAUUUUCCAACUAAUUACCUUUACUUCGUAUAUGAUUACGAACUAGUCUUACGGAGAAACAAAACAUUUGGAAUAUCUAUUAGUAAUUUUUAUGACCAAUAUUCAUGUGAAAUUGUGGUGGUGGACUUCGAAUACUCGAAACAAUUCCACCUC